AUGGAUCGUCUCAAGGAGAAAGCGUCCCGAACAUCAAAGGGGAAAGAGAAGGCAGAAGAGCCCCCGGAGAAGAAGCUUGAGCCUGUUCAGCCCACUGUCGGGCCUAAUCUCUUCACCGUCCACCACGACCACCCUCGUACCGCAAACACCCGAGUUGCGCCGUGGGAGGCUCUGGGCCAGAAGCCACCGCCAGUUGACCAGCCGCCCAAGUUGCUUAAGAAGAAGUCGUCGAUCUUCAGUCUCAGAAAAGAGAAGCUCGACCAAGAAGAGGUGGUCACGAGCCAUAAGUCAGCGCCUCCGGUUCCACCUAUUCCAUUCAAGUACAGUCUAUUCCCUAAGUGCAAGCAGAAAGGUCCUUUUGACAAUCCACCUACGCCGCCGUUCGCAAAGCAGAGACCUGACACCGGUCGCUCUGGAUCUGGCUCUCGUGCUGUUCCUCACGUGCCGCAGCUAACCGUGCCACGCAAAUUCGUGCCGCUCAUGACGCCGUACAGCGACGAGGGCGGCCUUCCCAAAACACCGUCGAAAGUAACCUUCGCGCCCGUGACUACAAGCUCGACGUCAAACACUAGUUCGGCUUCGAACGUUCGCGAGCCUGGAUCUGCUCCACAGUCACCCUCCGAGAGAAUUUUGACUGCUAUUAGGACUGCCGCUGAUACUGUCACUAAGAAUGCCACUGAGACUACAGCCCCCACGUCUCCGAUCAAGAGAUCGUCCUCAACUGCUAGCUCAGCUUCGAACGUUCUCCAGCAUAAGUUUGUGCCGAGGUCACCCUCUGAAGAGACUUUGACUCCUCCCAAACGGCCCAAAGGUACUACCUUCGGUGUCCCAAAUGAAGUGUGGGAAGCUCGAUACGCAGACCAUCCAGAGAUCGUACGCUUCAAAGAACAUAUACAUAACGACGGACCACCAAUAGAGGAGAUGGUGUAUUCCCCUGGCAUUCCAGCCUCUGAAUAUCACAGAUUGAAAGCAAACUUUGAAGCUACUGGGUCUCCGUUCGAGAGCGCGAAGGCGAAGGGCAAGAAGGCCAAGUCUCUUCCGCAGUCUUCGAGCUCUCAUUCCUUCGCAACGGUGACGCCUUUCUCCUACCACCAGCACGAGGUUAAUCAUUCGGGCCCGCUUGAGCCGCCUUCGCGCUUUUACGCCAAUCGGGCCGCCGCUUCCUCAACGAAGACGCUCAAGUCUCUGUUCAAGCCCAGCUCAGCGGCUACUUCACCGACUUAUCCGGAGUUCGCGCCUCUGAGCCAAAUCGGUGUCCUCCAGGCUCAACCGAACCGCAAGUCCUCGUCCUCAUCCAGCAGGCCUGCAUCAAAGGAGAGCCGCAUUGCCUCUACCUCUAGUAGCAGCGGCAGCCGUUUCUCUGUAGGUACUUAUUCCUUGGGACGGUCCAGCAGGGGUAAACUCAAGCCCAAGAAGAGCAUGCGCGACUUGUUCAAACGCUCUUCCUCCUCUGGCUCUCCCGAGCAACCAAGAGCCUACCAUAUAUCCCGCCCCGUUCUUGUCCCGCAGCCUGGCCCCGACUCCGACGUCCCACCUCUCCCUACGACCGUGAAGUUCACUAAGCCUCCGGGCCCGCCGCCCACACGUCCGCCGCGUCCUGAUGAAGAGGUGGAUAGGGAGCUAGUUGCGAUGCGGGGAAGUGGUAUUACUCGAAUGGGAUUCGAAGGUAACAAGCGUGUGCCACAGGUGGAUAUGGGUAUCCGGACGCCUAGUGGGGUGGCGUACGAGCGGUACAGCCAGGAGAGAUAUACGGUGAAGAGAAUGGGUAGAGGUAUGCUCAUCCGGGAUAGCAUGACGGGUACGAAGGAGUUCGUGGAGGACAUUUGA